AUGGAAAACAACAGUAUUAAAGAAUCUGAAUCUGCGCAAUUAUAUCAAUUAAUAUUAAAAGCCAACAAAGAGCAAAUUGAAGAAUUGAAAUUAGAACUACAAAAAACUACAAAUUCACUUACUAAAAAAGUGAAUGAUGCAAAUAAGGAAAUAUCAAUAUUAAAACAAAAGUGCCAAGAACUUGAAAGAAGAGCUAAGAAAAAUAAUAUUGUAAUUUUCGGCAUUAAAAUUGAGGAAGGAGAAAAUAUUAUAGAGCUUAGGAAAAAGGGCUUGUCUUUAAGCGAUGAUCUCUCUAAGGAAGAUCGAGAAAAAAUAAAUAUUUUAAGACAACAUCAGAAAACUGCCAAAGAAAAAAAUUUAGAUGCUAAAAUUAAGGGUUUUAAGCUGAUUAUCGAUGGAAAAUCAUAUUCAAUAGAUGAAUUAGAAGAAAGAUCUGGAAGCGAAGACGAAGAAGAAGAAGAAGAAGACUACAGUGAAGCGGAAGAGGUAAACUCUAGUGAAGAAGAAUUAGAGGAGAAAAGUUCAAAGGCUGAAAAGAUAGAAAAAUCGAAUGCGGUCUCUCAAAAGCUGGACGGUCAAACUAUGGGUCCAAGAGCUUUAGCAGGAAUUGUAGGAAAGCAAAUAGUGCAGUGCGAAAAUAUGCCAAUUGUAAACUAUAACAUUAUUGACUGUCAGUUACCAGAAGUAGAUUUCCUUGACUUAAGUGCAGAUCAAAAAAAUAUGUUUGAAAUUUGUGUUGCAGUUUUUACAGGGAAGUGCUCCGUGGAUUUAUUGAACCGAAGCCCAGCAAAGUUAAGUCAUUCUCGAUGGCUUACUUUGGCCAAUCACAAAUCACGUCUUUAUGCAAGUACCAUAAAUCCAACCUCAGAAUUAAAGGAACUGACCAAAUUUAUUGUCAAGGUUUAUAGUCCUUUGUGGUUUCAAAUUAAAAGCAACUCAUCAUGUGUAAAUGGUGCAAAGCAUGUUUUACAAACGAUAAAGCCUAGAGUAGAUUUGAAAAAAGUAAUAAACCCUGUAAUUCAAAGAAAUGCCUAUUUUGUUUAUCCGGAAAAUCUUCUAAAAUGUAUGCUGCAUGACACUCGCCCUCAUACAAAAGAACUUGCACUUCGUCGUAUUGUGAAUGCAAAAACUAAGGGCAAUAUUAAUUCAACCAAUGUCAGACCUUUUAUUAUUCCACAAAUUAAUUUUGACGCAGAUGACUAUGUUGAUCUGAUUGAUUGGCAAAAAAAUUAA